UUGGCUUCUCCUGCGAUGAAUGCAAAGCAUUAGAUUGCAAACGUACCUAAUCCAUCUCUCCUCCCCCAUGACUGGAAAUCCUGCGGUUAAAAUAACACAGCCUCUAUUCAGAGCACAAACUUAAAGCCACUAGCUGAAGCGCGAUUGAAAGAACUCUCCGGUGGACCGGUCUGCUAGGUGGCUGUUUAUCCUCCUCCUGCCGAUCCACGAGAGGAAAGCACAGUCUCUGCUGUUUGCGAUCAAGUGAUGGCCCCAGCUCAGGAGAACUUCUGGGGUCAGAGGAGUUAAUGAAGCCCCUGCAACAUGUUCAGUGUUGAGGACCUCCUGAUUUCUCAUGGAUACAAAUUGUCUAAAACUCCUUCUAGUUUGUAUGAGGACCGAUGUGAUGGGUAUCAACAUGAAGUUGUGGAGAGGAGGUCAGCUCAUGGAACACUGAAUGGAUUUCCAACCAACUCUGGAUCCUAUGCUUGUGCAAAGAAAGCGGCCACAAAAAGCUACCUGAAUGACAAUGAAAGUAGUUAUAUCAGCAAAGGGCAGCAAUCUGGCCCCAGUUACCAGAAGGACUUCCGGAGUCUGGCCAAAAUUCAUGCUUCAGAAGGAAGGUUUUAUGACCAGCCUGAGCUAGUUUCUUCUUCGCACCCAAAGACAGAUAAAGACCUGGCCUACUGGAGAAGAAGGGGCCAAGAUUUUAGUGCAUUGUUUGGCUAUACUGACAGAGGAGACUCUGAGAUGAAAGGAAUAGCUGCACCCCGUGCCUUAUAUGGGCAUGACAAAGAUGGCCAAUGGGAGGUAGGAGGAGGUACAGAGAAGACGAGGGGAAUUGGCUUGCAGGAGAGCUGGAAACAGCCAGGUGACUACAGAUGGAAUAGUUUAAGAACAGAAGGCUGGAACUUACCAACCAAGUUAGGGAGGCUCAUGUCUGACGGAGACAUGCUUCAAGAUCCAUACUCAGUCAGGCACGGUGGAGAAGCCACUGUUGCUUCCCAUUCUAAAGGGAAAUCUCAAUCUUUGCCGAGAGUUCUUUCACCAGAGAGCCUGAGGUGUGUUGAAAUGCCCUCCUUGGUGAAUAAUCUCUCACUGAGUGGAUUGAAAACAAUAUCUUGUCCCCAAACUGGACUGGCCCAGGAAAUCUCCAAACACUCUGAGCCGGCAACUCGUUGUCUUCCUUUGCCCAAACCAAAGUACGGCCGACCCCUUAAACCUCCUUCGUACGAACUUCAUCGGCAAACCAGGGGGAUGUUGGCCAUGAACUCACUUCAGGAUGGCCAACAGAAAGAGGAAGCCACCUCUUAUUUGACUAAGGGUAAUGAGCACAGUCAGGAGAGCUACCCUCAAGAUUCCAGCCUGGAGCCGCCUGUGUACAUCCCGCCUCCAUGUUACAAAUCUCCAGCUCAGCAAAGUACGGAUCAAAAUUUGCCCAGCGAAGUGCCUGAGUACAAUGUGUGCUUUAAUAACGGUUUGCAGAAUCCAAUGGAAAGAGCCAUCCUAGGGUAUCAGCCCUCUGUAAGUAAUUUUGGGAGCAGAGAGCAACACUAUAAAAACGAGCAGGUUCCUCAUGAGGAGAAAAGGCAUCGUAAGCAUGUGGAGAGCUACUUGUCCUCUGUCCAGUACAUUCCAUUUGAUGACCCUCGAAUAAAGCAUAUUAAAAUAGCACACUCAGAUAUUCUCCAGGAGGGCAAAGCGACUGGAGAUGCCAACAGGUUAAGUCCCCGUGCCUUCCAAGAGAGUGCUCUGGAACUUGAGUACGACAGUGCCUUUUUGGAUACGUCAGGUUCACUUGAUAGUGCUGCUGUGAGACUCCACCAGGUCUCUGGCGACUCUGUAAACAGUAGCAGAUGGCUAGCAGACUCGAACGCAAACCAGGACAAUUGUGCCUUACCCAUCCAAAGGGACUGUUAUGACGCAGGUAAUGACACAAGUCACAAAUAUUCCAAAAGCGGGCUGCUCGCACAAAGCCCCCGUGCGGAACUGCCCUGUGAGACUGUUACUAAAGUGAAAACGUUUGAACCUGGAACGGAGGUCCACAGCAAGAGGAGUUCAAAGAAAAAAAUGAACGAGACUAUAUUUUGCUUGGUCUCCGUCCCAGUUAAAUCAGAACUCAACCUGCCAGAGACUGAUAGGAACAACAACUUAACACAGGGCGCUGUUGAGAAGAAUGGGUUUGAUAACAGCGGGGUUCUGCAGGAACAAAGUCUUCUAAGUACCUCUUCCACAGACUUGGAGCUCCAAGCCCUGACAGGAAACAUGACCAAUAAGAACGAGGUACAAAAACAAGAGUUGUGGAGACCAGAGUUCAAACAAACAAACGACUUCAGGCUUUUGCAGUCUGCGAAGCACAAAGAACUUCACUACUCUGGCUCGUGGCCAGGUGACCAGUAUAAAGACCAGGAAACGCAGACCAGUUUCACAGAAGAACCAAAACUCUUGCAGCUUUCCCGUGGCUCAGAGCCCAUCGGAUUAACUAAGGGGCCACCUACUCAGUGGUUAAGGAAUGCAAUGUCCACCACAGAACCAGUAACAUUGACUGUGUUACCUGCUGAUGACAGAAGAUGUUGGCAGGAUGCAUACAGGGUGAAAAGUGAAGGGUACCUUGACACCUCGAGCAGUAGGGUGUGUUCUAGGACUGCGGUAGCUGCCCCAAAGGCAUACCAGAAGGAUCCGCUUUGCACAUCGAGUCCUCCGAGGCAGGAAAGAGAAACCAGUUCUGUUCUCAGGGAGGAAGCCAGGAGCAAGGAGCUGUUUGGGCAGUUCCUUCUGAAGCCUGUUGGCCGACGCCCUUGGGAUGUGAUAAGUGAAUUAGAAAGUUUCAAUAAGGAGCUCCAGGAGCAGGAAGAAAGUAGCGAAGAUGGGUUGGAGAAUGAGGAGAAGCCGAAGAAAGGCAAGGAGAAGGAGGGGAGUCGAGAGGGUGGGACUUGCAGAAUGGAGGGAAUGAGCCAGGACUGCAAACCCACUAGGCAGUCUGAGACAGACACGCUAGUUGCUCCCGUAUUUCAGCAGGCCAGAGAGAAAAGCAAAGCUGAGCAUUUGAGUCAAUCUGAAAGGCCGGGCACCAGGGGGAUAGGUAGCGACCUUCAUUUUCAUGACAGAUCACAGCAUUGUUUGCAGGCAGAAGAGGCUGGUGAAUCAGCUAGGCCAGGAGAUGGGUAUGUUAUUGCAGAACAAAGAAAACAGGAAACCGGGGAAAGGAUAAUAAAAGCAGCGAUUAGUUCCUGCCCAGUUAAAAAAGUUCUGUUGGAUAGCUACGCUGAUGAGAAUCAUGACAAUCCAUUCAGUGGGAUCAACUCCAGGGAAACAGCUCAAGUUAAAACCCACAGAAAUGAUGUGGUUCAGUUUGAUAGGAUUAAGAAUAAUACGGUGCCCUGGAAUAACCUAGCUUUAGAAAGAGGGUCUGGAGUACGCUUGUCUCUAACAAACAGGAAUCAUGGUCUGUCUGAGCCAGAUUUGAGAUCUGUAGGCCUUGAGAGUGGCUGUGCGCUGGGCACUGUGGAACUUGAUUCUGGGAUGCCUGAAGUCACAGAGAUUCCCUCAAAUGAGUCACUUCAGGAAAGAGCCGUCAGGAUUUUGGGGAUAGAGGUGCCUGUGGAGUCACUUGUGCCCAAUAGUAGUGCUCUUCCAGAAGAGCCUUUUAACUCUGAUAACGUUCCUCAAAGCUUUGAGUUGCCAGCAGAGAGGGCACUUGGCCGCAAAGAAGCCACUUCUUAUGAGGGAAGGAGGAAGUGUGGCUGGAUGGAAAGCUCCCUUUUUGUUGGAGACAGGAAAGUCCUGUCAGAGUCUUUUGAAGACCAGGGAUCUGAUGAAGAAGUUGUGUUAGAUAAGCGUCAUUGUGACCCUCACAAAAGUCUCGAUAGUCAAGGAGAAGACCAAACUCCCCUUCCUGAGUCAACCGUUCUUUCAUUUUCCGAAAGGAAUUUGGUCCUGUCAGGAAUGGAAAAAAGAGCCAGAAACACCUCAAAGGUGAUUGAGACUCUGCAAGGUAAACUUGCUUCUCCGCCCAACCGAGCCGCCAUGGAUCGCUUGGUGAGGAUGAAAGAGGUUGACUCCGUUUCUCGCAUGAGGCGCCUGAGCAUCAAGAAUGCUGAUUCUGUGGAAGAGGGAGAUGAAGACAAACAGGCAAAGAGGGCGGAAGAAAGAGGAGGCGGCACCUCCUCCGGUAGUAACGAACUGGCCCGCAAGAUGUCGCACGGAAGUUCUGUUUCCAAGCGCAUAAUCUCACUGGCUGAAAAUGGACUCUCUGACAACAUAAGUGACAGGAAAACGGGAAGAGAUCUGUUUUGUUUAGGUGCAUAUGAUCCCACCAGAGUGGAAAGGGUGUGACAUGAAAGAGAGGCACAAGAGAUGUCCGCCCUCCACGGACCAUUUUGCUGGUUUCCAUCACCUGGGAGUUGCUUUCAGCUUGAAUGUCCUUGAGCGUACUGACAGGGCCUGUCUUCUGCCAGAGGAGAAAUAAGUGCUUCUUAUUCCCACUGCUUUAUGGAGCUCGCCCAGAAGAGAAGGGGGGGAAAUCCACUAACUUCAGAACCAUCUGUCUUUUCUUUUAUAAGUAUUAAGACUUAAUGCCUCCACUUGGCAUGAAUUGGUCAUUUUAACAGUGUUCAGCCAGGAUGGGGAAUGAGGGGUAGGGAGCCUGGCUUAUUUCUCUGUGUGAAGUAUAAACACAGGAGAUUAGCAAAAUGAUUUUUGAAAGAAUGUGAAUUUUCUUAGCUGAACCUCUGAACUCUGAGCGCUUUUUUUUUUUAACGCCGGGCAUCAGCAGCAUUCGAGGGCUGCUGCUCUUUCAGCUCAAGUGAACACAAGCCAGUGGGUAAGACGACUGAUUGGAAACUCGACUGGAAAAAAAAGGGCCUACGAUUUGAGUUUCUCGCUUGCCAUUUGCAAAGUGCAUAAAAGCUAAAAAGCUCCAGCAGGAAAAGGCCAGGCCGUUAUACUAAUGAACGCUGAGCCCGCCGCUGCUAUGAACUUGCAGCUUCGAAACAAUCACGAUGCCAUCCUGGCUCUCCGUUUGCACUCAGUAAUAUGUCAGUCCUGUUCCCUCGGCCCAUGUUUUCAUUUCAUAGCCAAACAUUCCUUCGGUGACCAAAUUGUGCAUUUAACGUAGCAGAACAAAACAAAUCUCUCUUUCUUUUUUUGUACGAUGGGAAUCUAUUUUUCUACUGUGUAAGCAAUUGCUAACCAUUGACCAAGCCGAAAGAUGUUCCCUGUCUAUUUUUAAGCAGUUGUGGCUUUCGGAGAAGCAGAAGGGUUCAAGAAGGAUUCACUUGCUCAUCUGUGUGCUCUUUUUACGUUAUCCUCCUAUUUACCACUGCCACUUUCUGUUGUUGUAUAAAAAGAAGUAUGCGUGUGUGCUUACACGUGUGUAUACAUAUAAAUCUCGCUCUAAAAAUACCUGUGUAUUUACGCAGAUGUUUGUUUCCUUGGUUGGAUUGCUGCUUUUCAGGUAGGAACACAGCUGAAAAUGAUCUGAGUUGGUCUUCCAGCCAGAACAUUCUAGACUAGAAUUACCACAAAAAAAAAGAGUCAAUGUGAGUGACAGGUUGUACCCAUAGACCCUGGAAUGGUUUUUGUCUGCAGGGUGCAAAGUCAUGACUUGUAGCAGGGCAAACUUUUCAAGAGACCAGAUCUCAGGAUGACUGCUCCAUCAUUUGCUACUAGCUUUAAGAAGUGCAACUUCACACCUGUUUUUCUUGGUACUCGCAGCACCUAAGAGCACGUGCCCCUGCCCUCUGGCUUAAUAGCUUUUGGCUGGCAUUUUGGUGCUGUGCAGGAUCUGAGAGCUCUACAGGUCUUUGGUCUCAAGGUCUUUCCUGCAGCAGAAGCGGUCAUGUCCAUGCCGGGACCAUUAAGCCAAAUCUUAUGAGCAGCUUUCUUGACUCAGUAGCUUAUAGAUUGGGCUGUUUCUCUGUUGGCUUUUAUAUAAUGAUUUGUUUUAAAACCAGGAUUCCGUGUCUGAUCCACUCCUACAACCGUAAAGAGAAAAAGCCAUAUUGUCACCUUAAAAAAAUGUUCAAAAUAUUUCAUGUGUAUAGAAAACCGUGUACAUUCUUUUAGGAUUAAAACCAUUUUAGCCUGCUCCACACUUAUUUAUAUAGAUCAUUUGUUAUCUAUGCUUUUAUGAUUUGUUUGCUAACACCCAUCUGAACAUCUAUUUGUGUUUGUUUAUAUUGGCCUUUUUAUACGUUGGUUCUGUUCUCUAAAGCCAUGUUAUCGAUUAAGCAUUUCAUGUUCCUUUAUCUUAAUGUUGCAGUGGUCCUACAAUUUGGCCAAAUAUUAAACUAUCCACCUAAUGUGCUUUUGGCAGCCAUAACUGCUUAUCUGUAACACACGAUUCUAUUACGUAGAAUCUUUUUAAAAAAUAUUUAAAGUUUGUUAUACGUUAAAAUAAAGCUGUAUGGCUUGCUUUA